GUUAUAAAUAUAAAUACGUAAAACAUUAAACAUGUUUUGUAGUAAAUUUUACAUAGAUAGAUAAAUAUAAAUAAAUAGAUUGAGAGUCAAAAGCUCAGAUUGUCAUCAUCUUCUCACUGAAUUGUUAGCACUCUAAGAAAAAAAAAAGAUAGUUGGUUUCUUCAAGGUUCAAUCACACUCUUCUCUUCUUCACCCAUUCAACGUUUCCUAUCUUUUCAAAGUUUUACCACUCGGAAACUGCAAGACUAGUUCUUUCAUUUUUUCUUUUGUGUUUUGAAAAUGGCGGUUAUUUUCUGGUCGCUGAGUUUGUGUUAUUUUUCGUGUAGAUCACUUGGAGCGUUGUUUCAUGACAAAAACUUAGCGUCCAUUGAGAAAUUGACUCAUUUCUUGAAUCUGUCCAAAAGGGUAUGAUAUUCUUCUCUUUUUCUUUUCCUCGUGACAUUCACAAGCAUUCCCUUGCAUUACAUCUUAGAGUUAGAAGUUCUCAUUUCAUGGAUUCAUGCUUUUGUUGCUUUUGCAGGUGCGUUUUUGCCAAAAUUUGCAAAGAUGAAUGAUUUGAUGACAAAAUCGUUCCUAAGUUAUGUUGAACUGAAGAAGCAGGCAAGGAAAGACGUUGAAAACGAUCUUGACAUUGAAUUAGGGAAACUCAACCCCACGGAAGACCAUAACCUCUCUCAGUUCUUCCAAGAAGUUGAAGUAACCAAGGUUGAAAUGGAAGAGAUCACCAAUCUCUUAUGUGAUCUUCAGCAACUGAAUGAAGAGACAAAGUGCACACACAGUGCCAAAGUUCUACGUGGUCUAAGGGACCGCAUGGAGUCUGACAUGGUUGCCGUGCUUCGCAAGGCAAGGUUUAUCAAGGCAAGGCUUGAGGCUCUUGACCGAUCCAACAUAACCAAUCGCACUUUAUCAGAAUCCUACAAAGAGGGUACCUCCAUUGAUAGAACAAGAUUGACUGUGACGAAUGGUUUGAGGGUCAAACUUAGGGACAUGAUGAAUGACUUUCAGUCCUUGAGAAACAAGAUUCUAUCGGAUCACAAGGAAGAUUUGAAGAGAAGGUACUAUACGGUAACGGGUGAGGUUCCCACUGAGGAGAUCAUGGAGAAAAUGAUCUCAGGGAGUCUCAAAGUUGAGUUUUUGGCUGGGAAAACGGAUGCUGAUUUGGGCACUCAGGUUAGGCAUGAGGCUGUGAUGGAUAUCCAAAGGAGUUUGAAAAAGCUUCACCAGGUCUUUCUUGAUAUGGCUAUUCUGGUGGAGACCCAAGGAGAAAACGUGGAUAACAUUGAGGAUAAUUUAGCCACUGCGGGUAACUUCAUCCAUGGGGGAACUAACAGUCUUUACUAUGCCAACCAGAUGAAGAAGAAUAACAAAAAAUGGGUCUGUUGGGUUUUUGCUGUGGGGCUGAUUAUACUACUGGUGUGCAUUGUUUCAAUGUUGUCUUCUUGACUGGUGCAAUUGUGAGUAAGUGGUUUAGAGUUGAGACUGUAAAACUACUUUUCCUUCCUUUUUAGCCCGUCAAUGGUUCUUGGAUUGUAGGGACAGUUACUCUUAAUUGAUUCAAAUUUGUUCUCGGGAAACUAAAGUUGGCUGAAUAGAAUAGAUUGAUAACAUGCCGGUAUUAUUUUCUUCCUUUGUUUCACUUUUGUUGUGUUUGUUUGUCUUAUUUAUGCUUCCAGUGAGUUUUUCUCUCACUACCUUAAGUAGAGUGUGAAAAUAGAACUACAAAUAGGCAAUUACUACAACGCCUUGUAAUAUCUUAAACUUUGUAAUUUUCAAAGUCUGUCGUUAUAACUGGUUAAUACUGAUCGAAAUGGCUACCAAGUACAUAGAAACACCCAAAGGAAGUCUAACAUUUUGGCCUUUUCUAUCUAAAACAGGAUAUUGUAUUCCGUCUACAAAUAUCUUAUCCCAAACUAGUGUAAACAAAUUAAAGCCACUAAUUUUGAACAACGUCUUCUUCUCUUUUACCCAAAUCAUUUCAACUUCUCUUUGGAGGAUAGUUCGAUUCCUUUGCACUAUGAUGGUGGCCAUGCUGCUCCAGCAACCAAAUGCGGAGCAGACCCAGGCCUUACUUGAGAAAUGUUCAAAUAUAAAAGAAUUGAAGCAGAUUCAUGGCCAAUUGUUGAAGAAAGGCGUAAUCAGGCACCAGAUAACACUGAGCAAGCUUUUGGCUUCAUAUGCAUCAAUAGAGUUGGGUAACUUGGUCUAUGCACGUAUGGUUUUUGACAGAAUAAGCUCACCAAAUACUGUCAUGUGGAACACCAUGAUCAGAGCAUACUCAAAUAGUAAUGACCCAGAAGCAGCGGUGCUUUUGUACCAUGAGAUGCUCCAUCAUCCAGUGCCUCAUAAUGCUUACACUUUCCCUUUCCUCCUCAAAGCAUGUUCUGCUCUCUCAGCCUUCGAAGAAACCCAACAAAUCCACGCUCAUAUUUUCAAAAGAGGUUUUGGUUCAGAGGUUCAUGCCACAAAUUCCCUUCUUCAUGCUUAUGCAAUUUCAGGCAACAUACAAUAUGCACAAGUACUAUUCAAUCGGCUUCGCUCACGUGACAUUGUUUCAUGGAAUACAAUGAUUGAUGGAUACAUAAAAUUUGGAAACUUAGACAUGGCCAACAAGAUUUUUCAAGCUAUGCCAGUGAAGAAUGUCAUCUCUUGGACAACCAUGAUUGUUGGCUUUGUUAGGACAUGCAUGCACAAAGAAGCUCUUUCUCUUCUACAGCAAAUGCUAGUUGAAGGCAUCAAACCUGAUAGUAUAACCCUUAGCAGCUCUCUUUCAGCAUGUGCAGGCCUUGGUGCAUUGGAGCAAGGCGAGUGGAUUCACACCUAUAUUGAAAAAUAUAAAAUAAAAAUAGAUGCAGUUUUGGGUUGUGUUCUUAUAGACAUGUACGUUAAAUGUGGUGAAAUGGAAAAGGCCCUUUCAGUGUUCAGUAAGUUGAAAAAGAAAGGUGUCUGUGCAUGGACGGCUAUAAUCGGUGGCUUUGCAGUGCAUGGAAAGGGAAAAGAAGCUAUAGAUUGGUUUAUCCAAAUGCAGAAAGCAGGAAUUAAGCCAACUUCAAUUACUUUCACUGCAAUACUGACUGCAUGUAGUCAUGCAGGACUAACUGAAGAAGGAAAGUCCCUCUUUGAGAGGAUGAAUGUUGUUUAUAACAUUAACCCUUCUAUGGAACAUUAUGGAUGCAUGGUGGACCUUCUGGGUCGCGCAGGGUUGUUGGAAGAAGCAAAGGAGUUCAUAGGGUCCAUGCCCAUAAAGCCAAAUGCUACAAUAUGGGGAGCACUGCUCCAUGCUUGCCACCUACACAAAAAUUUUGAGCUUGGUAAAGAGAUUGGAAAAGUUCUGAUUGAAUUGGACCCUGAUCAUGGUGGCAGGUACAUUCAUUUGGCAAGCGUUUAUGCUGCAGCUGGAGAAUGGAACCAAGCGGUCAGAGUGAGAAGCCAGAUCAAACAUAGGGGGCUGGUAAAUCUCCCAGGAUGCAGUAGCAUCACUCUUAAUGGGGUUGUCCACGAGUUCUUUGCUGGGGCUAGUUCCCACCCACAUAUCCUCGAGAUAUAUGACAUGCCUAAUCUUCUUCCAAAUAGAUAAUAGAGGAGAAUGAAAAUGGAUUUAGCGAAUAUGGGACGAUAGAAUAAUUGUUUUUCUCCCCCUGUUUGGAUGUAAUUAAAUUGGGAGGAAUGAAAUGAGAAGAGGUGGUUUCCAUUGCGUGGAAACUAGAGAUGAAAGAAAAGGUUAUUAUUGGUUUAUUUUUAUGGUACAAUCAUGCAGCGUACGAUCUCUCGCAAACUAUCAAAUGCAUCACCACUAGCCUAUUAUUAGUGGCUUAAAAAAUUAUUAGUACAGGAGAUACAUAUU